AUGGAUCGACCAAAGCGAGUAAUCCUACGCUUACAGGAAGCCGACCUCGAUGAGGGAGACCUGUAUGAACCUGUUCGACUGUAUUUCGGAAAGAUGAACCGCCCAGUCCAGGAACUUGAAACCAACCGUCAUUUUAUCCACAUCCAACCCCCGAACCCCCAUAUACCACAAGUCAACCCCAAAUUACACGUUGUGAUUGACCUCGAGGCCGAAAAAUUCUCUGGGAAGCUUAGUGCAGAUUUUCCCCACGAGAUAUAUCGUGUGCGUCGGAUUGACGGCACGUUGGUGAUGUAUGCUUUCAAAGACGGGGCUUGGUACCAGAACUUUGUUCGUAAGCUUCGGUCAAUUAUCGACGAUGUUUAUCCUUGGGGGACGAUAAAAGGUGAUCUCAAGCGUUCAGGUGGCACGGGUGCACAGGCCUGUGAGGCCUGCGAGAGCUGA